AUGAAGCCUAAACUUCAGGAUGAGCACCUCCGUUCUGCUGUUUUGUUGCUCAAGCUAGAACUUGCUGUACAACAGGUGUAUCAGCACUGCCUUCAGGAGCUGCUGGAAUCAAAUGUUUCCCUCUUAGUAAUGCAACUGCAGACAUCAAAAGAACUAAUGCUGAUUGCACAGAAGGAUGUGCUAGAUUGUCCCUAUAAACGUGUCGACAACUGGCCCUUGAUGCAAACUCCAUUUCCCACAAUGGCUAUCAGCACUGUGUACCUCCUCAUUGUUUGGCUAGGACCAAAAUGGAUGAAGACAAGAGAGCCUUUCCAGUUGCGCUCAUUGUUGGUUACUUACAACUUUGGAAUGGUUAUACUUAAUUUCUAUAUUUUCAAAGAGCUAUUUCUAGCAUCAAGAGCUCGGGGAUACAGCUAUAUCUGUCAGAGUGUGGAUUACUCAGAUAAUGAAUAUGAAGUCAGGAUAGCUGGGGCUUUAUGGUGGUAUUUUGUAUCAAAAGGAAUUGAGUACCUGGACACAGUAUUUUUCAUCUUAAGAAAGAAAUUUAACCAAAUCAGUUUUCUACAUGUCUACCACCAUUACACCAUGUUUACUUUGUGGUGGAUUGGCAUAAAAUGGGUGGCAGGAGGACAAGCGUUUUUUGGAGCCCAAAUUAAUUCUUUUAUUCAUGUUGUUAUGUAUAUGUACUAUGGACUAGCUGCCUGUGGCCCAAAAUUCCAUAAAUACCUUUGGUGGAAACGAUAUUUGACUAUAAUGCAGCUGAUGCAAUUCCACAUAACUCUUGGUCACACGGCCAUGUCUAUUUAUAUUGAUUGUCCCUUCCCUAAAUGGAUGCACUGGGGUGUCAUUUUCUAUGCUAUCACUUUCAUUGUCCUUUUUGGUAACUUCUACUAUCGGACAUACAAGAUGCCCAAGGAGCCAGUAAAGAAUGGCAAGAUUUCUAAUGGUGUUGUGGCAAAUGGUACAAGCAAACCAGAAAACAGUCUAGUUGUGGAAAAUGGAAAGAAGCAGAAGAAAGCAAAAGGAGAGUAACUUGAUCCAGGCCUUAACCACUGUUGGCAGCGAGGAGUCUCCAAUUGGGUUGUAAAAGAGAAAGAAGUGUUAUCCUAUCUAUACCAAUUGACUUUUAGGCUAUUGAAGAGAUAGAAAACAUUAUUUAUGAAGAUUGUUUUCACAAGAAUCUUUCAACUUUAAAAUUUUCUCUUGUAAUUAUGUAAUUAUUAAGACUUUCAUGAUCUCUAUGUAAACUUUUAGACUGCAGGUGUUGCUAAUGUAAGAAAUAAUUGCUGGCAUAGUAUGCACUGUCAGUCCAAUAUUUAAUAUUACAGUCAACCCAGGAUACAAUUGAUUUGUUGGAACAGACAUUUCUUUAGGGGUGGGCGGGAUCUUAUAAAUCCUUCUGAUUCUGUCAGAAAUUGUAAGGGAAAAUAAUCCUCUAAUUAAAACAUGGAAUAUUUCUUGCCCUCUUUUAAUUUUUUUUAUCAUAGUUUUGUUUGCAUUAUCUUAGCCUAGGUUAUAUUGACACAUUAAUUUGUCUGAGUUUUUCCAUCAUGUUUGUUACCACCUCUUAUAGUGUUGAAAUACACCUACCUCUUCAUUUGCUGAAAAUAACAUCUAUUAUUAUAGACCUAUUUCUGAAAUAUGUAAUUUGCCUCUCACAUAAAUUUUGAUUUAUGCUAAUUAGAGAAAUGUUUGCUCCCAUUAAUAACAUGUAUUUUCUCAUUAACAAAAUGUCCUUUUUGUUUAACGAUAAAAUGUAUUGAAACAAAAGACAAACCAUGUUCUAAAACAAUCUCGAUUUCGAAGAGGAAAUGAUACUAUCUGUUGUCUCCAAUUGCAUGGAACCCAUGGUGCUAAUGCUUAUAAAAUGGUUAGGUGUUAUAUUGGCACUGGAGGGGAGAUGAAGAACAGAACUCAGUUUUUGUUUUGCUAAUGGCCUAUUUAGUAUGAGACCUGUUGAAUAUAAAGAGAAGAAAUGAAUCUGCAUAAAGUGUCUUGCAGGUGGAGGUCCUCAC